CUGUCCGGGACAAACGGCGGCAGCUAGCUUCCCUCCCCUCCUCCCUCCCCUCCUCCUCCCCUCCCCAAUCUCUCGCCACUACAGGAGGAUGCUGAAGCUGUUCGGUGCGCUGGUUAUCCUCGGACUGGCCCUGGCGUGCAUCACCUCCUGGGUGCUGGACAGCUAUGACACGGCUUGGCACCCGAAGCGGAGCGUUCAGCGCCCGACUGCCGGUGAUGGAGGUGGAUCUACGGGGAGCUCUCCACCGUUCCCCGGCGGCGAGUUGAGCAAUAUAUUCUGGUUUAUACAGGUGUCUGACAUUCACAUUAGCCGAUUUCACGACCCAAGACGCAUUCCAGAUUUUGAAAAGUUCUGCACCGACACAGUUGAAGUGAUCCAACCAGCUCUAGUGCUCGCAACAGGGGAUCUGACAGAUGCUAAAACAGAGAGCAAGGUGGGCUCCCUCCAGCACGAGGUGGAGUGGCAGGCCUACCACAACGUCCUGAAGAGGUCACGCGUGAUGGAGCGCACCAGGUGGAUAGACAUCCGCGGAAAUCACGAUGCCUUCAAUAUUAUGUCACUGGACAGCAUCAACAACUAUUACCGGAAGUACUCGGCUAAUCAGAAAGUCGGCUCUUUCCACUACGUUCACAAAACUCCCUUUGGCAACUACUCUUUUGUCUGUGCGGAUGCCACCCUGACUCCAGGACCCAAGAGGCCGUACAAUUUCUUUGGUAUUCUCAACCAGACUCAGAUGGACUUGCUGGACACGUUCAGAGCUGAGAGUCUGAAAAGCAACCAGUCGAUCUGGUUUGGCCACUACACAACAUCGACCGUCGUCUCCCCUUCUCCGGGAGUUCGGGACAUGAUGAGAUCUGCAGUUGCCUAUUUGUGUGGCCACCUGCACACACUGGGCGGCCUGAUGCCCGUCCUCCACAGCCGACAUCCCCAAGGCACCCUGGAGCUGGAGCUGGGCGACUGGAUGGACAACCGCCGGUACAGGGUUCUGGCCUUUGACCACGACCUGCUGAGUUUCUCUGAUCUGAGGUUUGAGCAGUGGCCUGCAGUGCUCAUUACCAACCCCAAGGACGCGCAGUACCUUCAUCCCGGAGUGGAGCCGCUGGGUAGAAUACGGAGAUCGACACACAUCAGAAUCUUGGCCUUCUCCGAGGCUCCAAUCACAGCAGUGCAUGUGAGUGUGGACGGGGAACCUCUGGGGAAAGGCCACUCUGCCGGAGGUCCUCUGUACGUGCUGCUGUGGGAUCCGUCUCUCUACCUCACUGGACUGCACACCAUCAGAGUUAAAGUGGAGGACGCGGCAGGCCGGUCGUCGGUGCGGGAGCAGCACUUUACUCUGGAGGACGACCUGACUCCCAGCUUUGGUUUCGUGCAGUCCUUCAUCCUCCUCACAGAUCACUACAUCCUGGGCCGAGUGGCUUUCAUAUUUAUGAUGCUGCUGAAUGUCGGCGUGCUGCUGGCCUUCAGGUUCCUGCGUGUUCCUCCCGGGAGAGGAUUGACCUCUCAAGCCUGUAUGUCGCUCCAUCUGGUCAGUACAAUGGACACCUUCUACUACUCGCUGCUGCUGUUCAACCUGUGUACAGCGUUAGGUCCAUGGUUCAUAGGAGAGCUGAUAGACGGCCAUAGUGGGGCCUGCUUCGCCUUUGGGGUGUUCAUUGAUGGGCACUUCCUGGAGGGCAGUCUCACUUACGUUGUUGGAGUCGUGCAAAUCCUGUUCUUCAACAUGCCCCUCACCUCUUAUCUGUGCUGGAGCCUCCACCACCGUUGCCGUGGCAACACCUUCCAAUCCCACUUCCUGCGGCCGGGCUGCCGCUGGCGGACUCUGGCGGUUCACCUCUUCAUGCUGCUGCUGCUCACUUGGCAGGCCCACUCCUGCUACUUUCUCCUGGAGACCUACGGCCUCAUAGCCUUCUUCCUGUCCCCUGUCCGCACAUGGGCGUUCGGGCUCAGUCUGCUAUUGGUCUACCGCGCCUGGACUGGCCCCGCCCCUCUCCUCCGCGACAACAGCAAGAGCGUCUCUCCCUCUUGACAGUAAUUGCACUGCACCGCCACGAUUCCUCCCCCCGCCCGAGCCUGACUCACAGAUAUAUUUUGCUGUUUCUAUCCACGCUGGAAGCCUCAAUUUAUUUCCCGACACAGCAGCCCCCUUCCUUCCUUUCUCUCUCCCCUCCUUCCAAACGCCACUUCACAGUACAUCACUCACUAUCCUGUUUAUAGAUAGUAUUGUUUACUUAAUAUGCAUGUUAUUGUAAAGUACCGGUGAGCACAUUUCUUGCCAUAUUCAUAGCAAUCUGUACAGUGUAAAAAAAAAAAAACACACCUUGGAUACAUUGAGGGUAAAAUCGCCUAUUUAAACUAUGUGAGGACUAGUCCAAUGUGUGCCGCAGUUUGACAGUAUUAGAGCUGUAUUCUGCUUUGGUUUAAGCUGACUCAUUUACUUGAGCUUUAGCACUUUUUGGAAGUGUUGCCUUGGCCAAAUGCCACUUCACCACUGCCAAAGAUGAAUAAGAAAAGAUUUCACCUUUUAUUCUUCCCUCCUGAAAAUGAUUUUCAUUCACUAAUGAAGGCUCGAUGUGCCAAAACCGAUCAUGUUUACCUUCUGACACACUAAUCAUGUGGAUAAGAAAGGUGUACGCAUCACUUUGUAUACUGUAAGCUUUCCCUUAACUUCCCCUCGUAGUUACAGUAACUUUGGUGAAGACGACACAGGUACUGGCAACCUAGACGAUCACUAGUUUUUUUGAGUUUGUUCUACAUAUUUACAGUGAAUCAAAGGAAGGAAAUGACAAAUCAAUCCAAUACUGUAGUUGAGCCGUGUACAAGUAGUUAAUGAUUGAAAGUGUUUUUAAAUAAAAGUGAUUACAUUGCACAAAACUGCCACUAUAAAACGCCUCGGUAUUCGCAUCGAACAGUCAUGUCAAAAAAAAUGCACCAAAACACAAAAAAAAAAGAAGUCGGCCCGACUCUAUGUGCUCCUUCAAAUGUGACUACAGGAAGCAGCUGUUUGUUUCUCAGGAAUGUGAGCACUCGAACAAUAGGCUGGUCCCAGUAGAAAUUCAGGACAAUGUUUUUAUACUCCACAAGUAGCUCAGUGAACUAAAAAAAAAACAACAUGUCAAACAGUCGAGAUGCGUGGCGGCUAAUAAAAAACAAACUAAACAAAAUGAAUGUGUUUAUAGAUGUGGUGAAAUGAGAUUAAGCAGUACUAUGCUGUUUUUUUAUUAUUUAUUUAUUCCUUUCCUGAUUGUAUUGAGUGAUUUUUUUCCUUUAAUGUUGUGUAUCUGCACUGCAAACGGGCAUUCUUCACCUCCCUCGUCGAGCACGAGAAAGGAGAAAAUGUCCUGCGUUACUUUGACCGCUUUUUGUGUGUGAAAAACACGUUUGUUGUGUCGCCCAGAAUGUUAAUUCCCUUUUUUAUUGUGAAGGUGGGAGAGCAGUUAACUGUGUCUGUUUGCACUCUAGCUCAAUCCUUUCCAGUCAGUCGUAGCAGGUGCUGGGUUCCACAAGAACAAACCGGUCUAAAAAAGAGGAGACAAAUAGGAUGAAGACCACAUUUAUCAAGUCUUUUAAUAGAAGCAAUGUUCCAAUAGAGUUUUUUUUUUUUUUUUUUAAAUCAUACACCAGCGUGAGUGGAGAAUAAUUGCUCAGUGCUGUGAUAAGGCACGCAGUUUAAUAUUAGAACAGCUGCUAGACACUGGGAAAAUUCAAUUAUGUGCACUCUUGCCGGCAAUGGUUUAAUAACUUUCCCACUCUGCAUAUAGAAGUCUUUUUCAUCAUCGUAUGAGAGCAUUACCAAGUGUAGAAUUCCAGCAUAUAGAUAGAUAGAUAGAUAGAUAGAUAGAUAGAUAGAUAGAUAGAUAGAUAGAUAGAUAUUUCAAACGGGGGGUUCUUCCAUGACGAUCAAUACCUCUCACAAGCUAUGUAAUCUGUCCACAAGGAGGCAGUAUUUGAUGAUUUGGAGGGUAAUGAGACUGCAUUUCACUUCCACCUCCAAAUUAUGCAUGGGACAGUUUUUUUUUUUUUUUUUGUUUUUUUUGGUGGCAGAAAAGCACCAAAACUUCAUCUCUAUUGAUGCUCACUGAUUAUGUUUAACUAUGAAUCUGGUUGUGAUUGUUCUGUACUGUACACUGAUUUGACUGUUCACAAGAAAAAAGAAACUGACUCCACCACCGAGGAAUAUACUGUAAGUGAUGUACUGGUGUUCAGUUCACUUAUUCUGCAUUCCCCCCCCCCAACUCCUCCUACGUUGAAACACGAGUAUAUGAAUGAACAGAUGACGAUUUUACACCUGCCACAUAUUUUUCUUGUGACAACUGAAAUUAGAGCCAACCACAAUUUUAUUUUAUUAAUGGUUUAUAGUGCUGUGGAAUAAAAUGUUCAUUACGGUAAAUUA